AUGUACUUGGAGAAAGGAGAAUAUCCUGAAGGAAUCACCUUAAAUCAGAAAAAGACUAUCAGGAAGUUGGUGAAUGGUUUUUUUCUCAACAAAAAUGUCCUGCACAGAAGAACGCCGGAUUUGGGAUUACUUAGAUGUGUUGACUCUAUCGAAGCUACAAGGUUGAUUGAAAAGCAAAUUCGUCCAAAAAUGUCACAAGUGUCAGAUUCAUGGAGACUUGAUAAAGAAUGGAUCCGCAAGAGGUAUGAGCAACUGGCUUUGAUAGAUAAAAAGCGAAUGAUUACCGUCUAUCAUGGUCAAUUGUACCAACAAAGAAUGGCGUGGGCUUUCGACAAGCAUAUGAGAACUAGGGUUUUUCAAAUUGGGCAGUUGGUGCUCAAACGAAUAUUCCCCGAAUACAAAGGAAGGUUUGCACCAAACUGUCAAGGGCCCUAUAUGGUGCGAAAGGUACUAUCAGGAGGAGCUGUGGUACUUGCUGAGAUGGAUGGUCAAGAGUGGCCAAGAGCAAUCAAUUUAGAUGUCAUCAAGACAUACUACGUGUGA